GAUUAUUUACAUCUUUUUGCAUGCUAAGUGUUGGUUGUUUUGUGUUACUAACCUUUUGCAUUUGGCAUGGGAGUACUAGGUGAGUCCCUUCCUACUGUGUUAUUGGAGUGUCAUGCCCCUUGCACACACUCACUCUCAUUUGGCAUUAGGUCUAUGUUUGAGGUGAACCCGACCUCUACUCUGGAAUCCUUACGAAUCUGGCUUGGAAGAGCAAUUCUUCCCGCUUUGAGGAGUAAGAUUGGUUCCCGUUAGGUUGUUUCCAUUGGUUAAUACGACACUUGAUGAUGUAAUACCAUUCUGUGUAUUAGCUUUUGGAAAUAUCUCCUGUUGAUUCCGAAAGGAUAAAUGGUUGAGAAAGCCUAAUGCCCUUUAGGAAAACAUGUAUUGGCUUUAAAGAGAUACCAACCCUAGGACAUGUUUCCUUAGCAUCCCACCCGUGAGGUUAGGAAUCCCGUGUCUAAGACACAAGGGGCAUUUUUCUUCACUAACUUUGUCUCCGCACAUGACAGGUUUUCGUUUUUAUAUACAUUUGAGGUAUGAUUAGUUAUUCAUCUUUUGCAUUUAGACAUCAUUCUUGAGGUAAGGAGCAUUCCAUGCAUUUCGUAUCUUCAUUUUCAACCCCAUACAUCAAAAAAACAAAAAAAAAAAAAGAAAAGAAAAAAGAAAAAGUUCAUGAUUGUUUCACAUGCCAUAUAUCCAUCCUACUCAUUUCACAUUAAAUCUUCCAUAUGUCU